GACUUGCUUACUGAUAACAAAGUUUUCAAACAUCGUGAAUUAUAACAAAGGAGACGAUAAGACGCACUGAAAGAUAGUCAACAAAGGUUAACCAAGAUGGGACUAACUGGCUGUGGAAAGCUUGGGAAGGGAUUCCUUAUUGUCAUCAACAUAAUUUUCUUCCUCCUAGGACUGGGGUUGUUAAUCGGUGGGAUUCUGAUGAAGGUCAAUGUAUCAGCCAUAAAUGACGAAGUCAAACCUGCACUGAAUGGAAUAAGCGUGUCCAGUUUUAAAUUAGGAGAUCUUGUAGAUAAUUUGUCCAUCCUCUUCAUUGUUAUGGGGGCCUUUGUUCUUCUUGUCGCCGGUCUUGGCCUAUUUGGUGCCUGUUGUGAGGUCAAAUGCAUGCUGGCAGCUUACGCCAUUCUUGUAUUGUUACUUUUUAUCAUAAAAGUAACAGCAGUUGCUCUGUGGUUUACGAUGAAGGGCGAGGUAGAAGAUACUGUAAAGGAUAGUUUGCUGAAGUCUCUGAAGGAAAACUACAAAACGGACCUGAUAAACGGCUCCAAUGUUGUGUCUAACGCUUGGAACUACAUGUUUAUGUCCGUAGAUUGUUGCGGUGUAAACAGCUCUCGUGAUUUUCUUGGUUUUUCGUGGACUCAUUCUUUGUCUUCAAUACCAAGAACGUGUUGCAAAAAUGUAGAUUCUGCAACUUAUUUGAAACCUACAUGUACGCCAGGAUAUAACGAAAAGGGAUGCUAUGAUACUAUAAAAGAUGACAUUACAACUUAUGGAAAUGUGUUUGCAGGAGUUGGAAUAACAAUUCUUUUCAUUGAGCUCCUGGCUGUUGUCUUUGCCAUCAUGAUUUGCUGCCAAACAGGAAAGGAAGGUGCCAUUUAAUAAGAAAUUUCUUAAAAUUGGACAUAUUUAUACAAAUGACAUUCUGUGAUUAACACCUAUCAUUAACACACCAGCCAAACAUAGUUUUUAGAUCAUACAUUCUGCCGUAUGAUAACAAUUAAAUGGUUUCAUGUGUUAUGGUAUUAAGAAACUAAAAAUGUUCAAUUUAUUUUCAAAUAUAACACAUAAUUAUAAAUGUAAAUUUUUUUUUAAAAUUCUACUUUAUUCAUAAUAUGACAUCGAAAUCCAUUUUCCUCAAAGAAUUAAAGUACUCGUUAAUAUUUUUUUUCAAUCAUGGUAGAUAAGACAGUCACUACAGUUUACUAGUAAAUUUACUUACCUUGUCAUUGGUCAUUUGCAAAGUUAUUUUGUUCAAAAACAUUCUGAUUCUUUUAAUGGCCUUUGAGCUUGAAUACAGUUCGAUAUCUCUUUAUUUCACACAAAAACUAUGAAAUGGAUAUUAAAAAGAUGCUUGAGCUUCUGAUAGACAAUAUCUAAGUAGUUUUUGGAGAUCAGGUCUUCCAACAAUCUACUACAAUUCCCAUAAGUACCAAUUGCGCCCCGUUGUUAGCAGACCCAUAAUUGUAUUCAUAUGAAGCAGAAUUUAUUCAAAAGCUUAUACAUAAGAAGAAGACACUUGCUGUGGCACUCAACUCGACAUUUAGAUAUAUCGACGACGUAUUAUGAAUUAACAAUAGUCACUUCUAUUUAUAUGUCGACUCGAUACAUCCCAGUGAACUUGAAAUAAAGGAUACCACAGAGUCUGACA